AUUAACAUGAGAGUUAGAAUUUACAGUACAGGAGUUGACUUGAGCAGGCUCAGUAGUAUAAAUGCAGAAGUAUCAAAUGAAGAAAAAAUAUUGAAGUUAUGGAAGGAUGACUGUGAGGUAGCAGCCUCAUAGAGGAGGAGGGAUGUAUUUUCUCCUACAGUUUGAGAAAAAGAGGCAUGCUUUACUCUCUUCAGAAAAUCCUCCACUUUUCAAUCCUAUGUGUUGGAAGCUGAGGAACAAAUAUUACCAUGCAAAGCAUAAGGAGUUGAAUUAUUAUGAAAAAUCAAGCAAAUAAUCAGUAACGCCAACAAAGUUAAAGUACAGAAAUGAGAAAACAAUGCAGCAAGUGUUGGAUAAUCUUACGGAGCUGCCUUCAUCUACAGGAGCAGAAGAAAUAGACCUAAUUUUCCUCAAGGGAAUUAUGGAGAAUCCUAUUGUAAAAUCACUGGCUAAGGCUCAUGAGCGACUAGAAGAUUCAAAAUUAGAAGCUGUUAGUGACAAUAACUUGGAAUUAGUCAAUGAAAUUCUUGAAGAUAUCACUCCUCUAAUGAAUGUGGAUGAAAAUGUAGCAGAAUUGGUUGGUAUCCUCAAGGAGCCUCACUUCCAGUCACUCCUGGAAGCCCAUGAUAUUGUGGCAUCAAAGUGUUAUGAUUCACCUCCAUCAAGCCCAGAAAUGAAUAAUUCUAUCAAUAACCAGUUGUUGCCGGUAGAUGCCAUUCGUAUUCUUGGUAUUCACAAAAGAGCUGGGGAACCACUGGGUGUAACAUUUAGGGUUGAAAAUAAUGAUCUGGUAAUUGCCCGAAUCCUUCAUGGAGGAAUGAUAGAUCGACAGGGUCUGCUUCAUGUGGGAGAUAUCAUCAAAGAAGUCAAUGGCCAUGAGGUCGGAAACAAUCCAAAGGAGUUACAAGAAUUACUGAAAAGUAUUAGUGGAAGUGUCACCCUAAAAAUUUUACCCAGCUAUAGAGACACCAUUACCCCUCAGCAGAGUUGCAUCAAUAUGGAGAGGCAUCCAGCACACAUCCGUCAGGUAUUUGUGAAAUGUCAUUUUGAUUAUAAUCCAUACAAUGAUAACCUGAUACCCUGCAAAGAAGCAGGAUUGAAGUUUUCAAAAGGAGAGAUUCUUCAGAUUGUAAACAGAGAAGAUCCAAACUGGUGGCAGGCUAGCCACGUAAAAGAGGGUGGAAGCGCUGGCCUCAUUCCAAGCCAGUUCCUGGAAGAGAAGAGAAAGGCAUUUGUUAGAAGAGACUGGGACAAUUCAGGACCUUUUUGUGGAACCAUAAGUAGCAAAAAAAAGAAAAAGAUGAUGUAUCUCACAACCAGAAAUGCAGAAUUUGACCGACAUGAAAUCCAGAUCUAUGAGGAGGUAGCCAAAAUGCCUCCCUUCCAGAGAAAGACUUUAGUGUUAAUAGGAGCUCAAGGAGUGGGCCGAAGAAGCUUGAAAAACAGAUUCAUAGUACUGAAUCCUACUAGAUUUGCAACCACUGUACCAUUUACUUCACGGAAACCAAGGGAAGAUGAAAAAGAUGGUCAGGCAUAUAAAUUUGUGUCACGAUCAGAGAUGGAAGCAGAUAUUAAAGCUGGAAAAUAUUUGGAACAUGGGGAAUAUGAAGGAAAUCUCUAUGGAACCAAAAUUGAUUCUAUUCUUGAAGUUGUCCAAACUGGACGAACUUGUAUUUUGGAUGUCAACCCACAGGCCCUGAAAGUGCUGAGGACGUCCGAGUUCAUGCCCUAUGUUGUGUUCAUUGCUGCUCCCGAACUGGAGACGUUACGUGCCAUGCACAAGGCCGUCGUGGAUGCCGGUAUCACUACCAAGCUUUUGACAGACUCUGACUUGAAGAAAACAGUGGAUGAAAGUGCACGGAUUCAAAGAGCAUACAACCACUAUUUUGAUUUGAUCAUCGUAAACGACAAUCUAGACAAAGCCUUUGAGAAAUUACAAACUGCCAUUGAGAAACUGAGAAUGGAACCACAGUGGGUCCCAAUCAGCUGGGUUUACUGAUGAUUCGAUAAGGUUAACAAUUAAAAUAAAACUUUUAAAAAGUAACUGCAACAAAUAAGCCUUCUACUGAGAAAAUACAUGUACAGAUAGAAGAUAAUCUGCCAAGUCUAGGCAUUUUUAUUGUGUAGAAUGAAAUGCCAGUAUACUAUUCUGAUUUUUAUAUGAAAUGUGCUUGGGAAGGUGUACUAAUGUAUAAUUUAUCUUAAUUUUUCUAACUUUUUAUGGAUAAUCUUUCUACUCAUAUCACAAAGAAAUGCGUUGAAGCA